CUUUCGGGCUCCUACAAAUACCCACAUUUCCCUAACCCUUUGUAUUCCCAUCCACCUUCAAAACAAACAUCUUUGGCUUCCAUUUAUUCUCAUCUAUCUCCUGCAACUCCGCAUCCACUAGCGGUCUCAUUGUAGACCUCUGUUGGUUGCUGUGUUUGCUAUAAUCACCAUGUCUUCCUCUCUGAUCUCUCUCAAACCAGAGGCUAUGGGGAUAGUCUCCAUUCUUGGCUCCGACUCUGAAAAACCUAAGCCUCUCAGACGAACACUCUCAGCUGAUAUGUCGUCUAACAACUAUGGCGUUUCUGGGCUCAAGAGAAUCGCCUCGUCUGGAGAGUUUCCUAAGGAGUUAGAUGUAUGGAGCUCAAUCUUAUCGCAAAAAGCGCAAGAGGAGGAUAACCAGACACUUUAUGUCCACCCUCUUAUUAAAAGAUCGUCAAGUUGUUUGAGCGAAAAGAGCCUUGAAAUUUGCACUGAAAGUCUAGGCUCCGAGACCGGCUCCGAUGGGUUGAUCUCACCGCAGGAUGACAUAGAAGAAGAAGAAAAAAGUAUGUCCAAGUAUGAAAUGGUUGUAGGGAAGUAUAAUAAGAAACCAUCUUCAGCAAAAUUAUUCCCUCCACCGCUAUCAACUCUUGACGGGGCUUCCCUCCAUAUGAAGCCUCGUCGUGAUAAUGGCAGGUUGGUUCUUGAAGCGGUCUCUGUUACGGCGCAAAACAAUUUCCACGCUCAACGCCACCAGGGUCGCCUUGUCCUCACUUUCGUCGACCAAGAAGAAGAUGCAGAGGAAGAGGAUGAGAACUUUGCGGUGGAGGAACCACCAAAGUUGGCGGGUGGACUGAUAACUGUGCACAGGCUAGCAGUGAUGAUGAAUAAGCCGGUGGUGUUAAGUAACAUGAAGUUACUAAGUUCCUCCAUGCCUCCUACUCCGACACCUUUCAAUGCUUAUGAGUAUUACUGGAAGCCCAAACCGGUGGCCACAGCCAAAGACAAGAAUAAGACAUCAUCCACUGAAAAGCAAGAAUUAAUUCCUUUGCCAAAAGGGUGCUACCACCCGAAGAGGUCUCUUUUGUUUUGGGAGACCUAUUGCAUUGCCACCUCCUAAUGAACAAUCUCCACUCCUUGUUUAGUCAAAUCAUAAGAAAAGGAAUAUAUACUUUCAUUGAACACUACAAUGUGUCUCCUUCAAUAAUUGUUCAAUAAUUAUUACACUUUCCUUUCGUAUUAUAUCAUCAAAAAUGCCUCUUGUCUCAUCCUACUUUUCUAAACGUUGUAAUCUCCCCUUUAUAUGGAAUAAUGAUUCAGCUAAUGGUUAUUCCAGGUCGUCAUUCAUGUAACAAAUUAAUAAGACGUUGUAAUGUUAUGAUAUUUAAUGAUAAAAACAAUUAACUAGUUUAAUAUCAUAAA